CCGCAGAGCAUUCAUAAAGAUUAGGCCUCUGCUGGUCAAAGCUAGCCUUGAGCUUUCGUUGCGCAAUAGAAAGAACUCGCAGCUGGCUCUGGCAAAUUCUUCAUCCUUACAACAGCUUGAAGAAGGCAAAGUCUUAAUUAAGCGAGGGGGAUCUAUCAUGACCAUGAACGCUCCCUUAGGCGUUGAGCAAGGCGCCGACGAUGUCGAGGCGCAUUUGCCAGACGCCCCUAAGGAAAGGAAGAUGACCUUCAGGAUACAUUGUUCGUGUCCAAUCAUCCUUGACUGGCUGGCUGCGCUUGCGUGCCUGGUGUUAGCUUUAGGAUUGGAGAAGGCGAGCCCGAAGAACAGAUUUGUGUUAAAGGACACACUCUACUGGAACAGCUUCCCACACAAGCAAAACACCGUGCCCUCUUGGAGUGUACCUGUCUACGCCCUGGUCGGCCCGCUGGUGCUGAUGCUGGUCGCGCGGUUUGUACAGCAGCGUCCCUGGCGGGAGCUGGCGCGCCUGUGGGCGGCGCUGUGUCUUGCGUUCUUCCUCACCGGCGCCAUCACCAACUGCCUCAAGCUGCCCGUCGGUCGCCUGCGGCCCAACUUCGUCCGCACCUGCUGGCCGAAUGGCACCCGGGUGUUCACCCGGGAGGACGAGUGGGGCGGCUACGCAGUGUGCGACCCCAGCGUACCCACAUCCGAUCUGGAGGAGAUACGGAAGAGCUGGCCCAGCGGCCACAGCUCUUUGAGUGCGGCCGGGUUGGGUUUCACCAGCUUGUACCUGCUGGGGCAGCUGAGGCCCUUCUCCCGGGGCACCUGUCUGGGGCGGCUGUGGCGGCUGCUGGUGGCGCUGCUGCCCAGCUUCGGAGCGGUGGCGGUUGGGGUCACUAGGGUGCUGGACUACUGGCACUUCACUUCGGAUGUGCUGACAGGUCUAGCGAUCGGCUUCAUCACUGCCUACGCGGUGUACCGCUCCAUCUACCCGGGGCUGACGGACUCGCAGUGCAAUUUGCAGCUGGACACGAUCCUGGCGGAGAGGACCACCUCGACCUCAGCGAGGGAAAUGCGCCGCGUGGAGGCAUUCUAA